AUGUCUAGUCGGAUUCGCCGGGUGCUGCUGGCAAUAACCGCUCUGGCGUUGAAUUUGGGCUUCAUUACCGUCGCCAGAGCGCACUUCUGCACGGCCGCAGUCUGCCAGCUGUGCUGCAAGGCAACACAGGAGGGCUGCGUCAACGCCUUCACGUCGUACGCCAGCGGCACGCUCAUUAGCAACAACCUAUAUUGCGAGCAGUGCAACUGUGACAACCCCCAAAUCGGUAGGAAGGACGCCAGUGUGAUGUGUAUGACCGACGCAGGGUGUGGCUGGGUAGGACGGCGCUUCAAGCGCAUUGAGUGCACUUCGUGCGCCAUAAUUGACGCUAUGUUAGAAAACAACCCCGACCUUCCAGUAGCAGGCUGUGGCAGAGCCGUGGUAGAUGGCGCCCUAAUCUUCACGAGUUGA